CUUUCGUUGACGCCAAGUGCAUUCGUCACCGUCCUUGCGAAGCCGACAUCGCUUCACCAUGUCUGGCAUUCCGAACCACACGAACCGCAUCGUGCCGCGUACUCACGGGCUCAAGGAGACCGGGUCAUGCUUUGACACGACGGAAGUCUUGCCGCGGCGAAAACACCACGAAGACUCGAGUCACAAUGAUCCAGACUUGGUCCGGGCGUUCUCGUUGUCCAAGCCGAUUCGGAAGGAGACAACGGAUCAGUUCCUGCGCAAGGGCACGGGGUAUGGUGGGCUCGCAGAUUCGGAGCGAAUUCACAAGCGAGACGAGUUGGUCCCGAUCAGUCCCCGCAAAGAAAAACACCAGCCAGGGGCGUUCAAAGAGCGCUACAAUCCGCCAGACACGUCGUUCCGCAAGUUUUACGAACGUGGCGACUUGCCGAUCCAGAUCGACCAUGGCGGGGUGAAAAACCUCGUCGCGUGGAAAGUCGACAUCACCAAGUUGGACUUUCAUCACUACCUCCCCAUCUUCUUUGACGGCCUGCGCGAGGUUGAAGAGCCGUACGCGUUCUUGUCCGAACAGGGAAUCAAGGACAUGAUGGUGAAUGCAAGCUCUAAGGUUCUCCCUGUCAUUCCGCAGCUGAUCAUCCCAAUCAAGAAUGCUCUCAAUACCCGACGUGCCGGCAUUAUUGUCAAGACCCUCCACAUCUUGCAACUCAUGGUCACUUGCGACAAAAAGCCUGGCGCUGACGGACUGAAUGCCCCUGGUCUCAUCGGGCAGGCGCUCGUGCCGUACUACCGCCAGAUCCUGCCCAUCCUCAACAUUUUUAUCCGCAAGAACGACAACUUGGGCGACGGCAUCGACUACGCCCAGCGCAAGCAAGAAAACUUGGGCGACCUCAUUCAGCAAACUCUUGAAACAUUCGAGUCGAAUGGCGGCGACGACGCCUUCAUCAACAUCAAGUACCUCGUCCCGACCUACCAAAGCGUAUGUGUCGGGUGAUCGGCCACAAAAACGAGUUUCAACUGCAUAAAAUCCCAAACCUAAAUACUGUCGCGGAUUCACUCGUCGU